AUGGUGAUUCUCCAUCCCGACCACCUUAUCUCUGCAACAGUGGUAGCAGACUCGAUGAGCUGCCAGCGGAGGGCAAUCCUCCAGGACCGCAUUAAGGUUUUCGGCGAAAUUGAAAAGCCUCAAUUUUUUGGAAUUGUUUUUCAUGAAGUCUUCCAGGAAGCCAUGAAGACUAAUAAAUGGGAUACCGACUCCCUGAGGAGCUUGGUCGAAAACAUUCUGCUUCGACAUCUUGAAGACCUAUAUGGGGUUCACAUGAACGUUCCAGAAGCCGUUGACUAUGCUAUGAGCAGAAUUCCGGAUUUGAGAGCGUGGGCAAAUGCUUAUCUUCGAACCAAACCAGGGCCGAACUCUUUCAUUGAGGACCGCAAUAGUUCCAAGUUUUGCUUGACUAUUAGCAAAUUGCUCGAGGUUGAAGAGCACAUCUGGUCUCCGAUGUAUGGGCUAAAGGGAAACAUUGAUGCUACUGUUCAGGUUGCUUGUCAUAACGGGGAAAGCAAGAGAUCCCUAGUUGUCCCUCUUGAACUGAAGACAGGGAAGAGAGACACGAACUUAGCCCAUAGGGCGCAAACAGCUCUUUACACCUUAUUGCUUUCUGACCGUUAUGAUGUUGACGUUACUUUCGGUCUUCUUUACUACUUGGAAGCAUCGCGAACACUCCGAAUACGCAGCGUUCGUUACGAAAUUCUCCAAAUGAUUCAGCAACGAAACCGUUUGGCUGGAUAUGUGCGCGAAAGACUGCGACUUCCACCAAUGGUUAAGAAACCCGGGUUGUGCAAGAGAUGCUAUGCGCAGACUCCCUGCUAUAUCUACCAUAAAUUAGCAGAAGAUGGUGACGGAGAGACUAGUGGGUUGGGUGACGAGUUUGUCCGUGCCGUGGACCAUUUGGGGCCUCAGCAUCGUAACUUCUUCAGAAAAUGGGAUGAGCUCUUGACAAAAGAGGAGCAAAGCAUGAUGAAAUUUCGCAGAGAGCUUUGGACUUUGCUAAGCAGCGAGCGUGAGUCCCUCGGGCGCUGCUUUGGCAACGUUGUAAUCGUACCUGGAUCGGCCCUCGAAGACAAGGAUGGGACAAAGAUCAAUCGUUACAAGUACACCUUCAUGAAGAAGCAGGCCUCUUCAAGCUUCUCUUUUGCGGAGUCUCAAAUCACUGUUGGCGAGCCGAUUGUAAUAUCUGAUGAGAACGGCCACUUCGCUCUUGCGAAUGGAUAUGUGGUGCAAGUCAGCCGCAAGCGCAUCACAGUUGCUGUCGAUCGAAGACUUCACAACGUAAGGACCAGGGCAUCAGGAUUUGAUCCAGAAAACAAUCAGAACUUCAAGGGUAUAAUGGAGGUUGUCGAAGAUGGUACUCCAUUGCCAACUGUCACUCCAAUUGAACCGGAGGAAAAAGAAACGGUUUACCGACUCGACAAAGAUGAAUUUAGCAAUGGCAUGGCGACUGUCCGAAAUAAUCUCAUUUGCAUGAUGCAAAAAGAUCUAUUCCAAGCCAGACAGCUGAGGAGACUCAUCGUGGAAGGAGAACCGCCCAUUUUCAAGCCUGCAGCCCCUGCUUAUAUGAUGUCAACUUUUGUCAGGGAAAGCCUCAACGUCGACCAAAGGAAGGCCAUUGACAAAGUCAUGAGCGCCAGUGAUUAUGCCCUGGUACUUGGAAUGCCCGGCACAGGCAAGACAACAACAAUCGCACACAUUAUUCGGGCGUUGGUGGCUCGGGGAAAGAGUGUUCUGCUGGCCUCAUACACUCAUACGGCAGUAGAUAACAUCCUACUGAAGUUUCGAAAUGAUGACAUCCAUAUUUUGCGGAUUGGUGCCAUCGCUAAGGUACAUCCGGAGGUCCAGGGGUUUGUCGACCUUGCAGCGACUCCCAAGAAGUCAAUCGAGCAGUUGAAGGAGUCAUACGAGCAGUCACAGGUUGUCGCGACUACAUGUCUUGGAAUUAACCACGCUAUUUUCAACCAACGCAUCUUCGACUACUGCAUUGUCGACGAAGCGUCACAGAUCACCCUUCCAGUCUGUCUGGGCCCCAUUCGAAUGGCGCGGUCCUUCAUCUUGGUUGGCGAUCACUAUCAACUGCCGCCGCUCGUACAAAACAAAGAAGCACAGGAAGGUGGUUUGGACAUCAGUCUCUUCAAACUGCUGUCUGAUUCGCAGCCGUCUUCCGUCGUUACGUUGGAACAUCAAUAUCGUAUGUGCGAGGAUAUCAUGCUCCUCUCCAACACACUGAUCUACUCUGGCCGCCUCAGGUGCGGCACCCCUGAAGUUGCAUCACGGUCUUUGCAUCUCCCCAACCCUGAAGGUCUCAAACGGCACCACCUAGACCCGCAUCGGGACCACGAUGUCCUGAACCAAGUUUUGUCUUCCUCCGUUCCAGAGCAACAUCUCUGUCUCGGCACGGUCCAGGCCCGCUGUUGGCUUCGCGAUGUGGUCUCCCCGUCCGCAAAGUGCCGCCUCAUCAACACUGAUUCCCUGGUCACACCAGCUCAUGAUACGGCUCACGGCCUCCGAAUAGUAAACCACGCUGAAGCAACUUUGUGCUCCCAGCUCGUCGAGGCCUUCAUAUCCUGCGGUAUUCCUGCACAGGAGAUCGGUGUCAUAACAUUCUACCGCAGCCAGCUGUCCCUCCUGAAACAGAACCUCCGUCACAUUCCAGACCUGGAGAUGCACACCGCCGACAAGUUCCAGGGCCGAGAUAAGGAAGUCGUGAUUGUCAGCUGCGUUCGAAGCAAUCCCGAAAAGAAUGUAGGGGACCUCCUCCGUGACUGGAGAAGGAUCAAUGUGGCCUUUACCCGGGCGAGAACGAAACUCCUCGUCAUCGGAAGCAAAAGCACCCUUCGUGACGGCAAUGAGCUACUUGGGAAAUACGUCCGGUUAGUCGAGGAGAAAGGCUGGGUCUACAAUUUACCCCGACACGCGCUGGGAUGCCAUAUCUUCGAACAUUACGGCUUGUCUUCCACUCAAUCCCAACGACAGCAAGAGCUAACCAGCCCGAGGAUGACAAAGAUAUACCAACCGCACAAACAAACUUCCCCCCCCGUGAAAAAGAAACCGCUGAGAUCUCCGAGCAGCCGAGUAGAAGGCUCACCUACAGCCUUCCAAAAGACAUUAUCUCCUCUCAACUCAGCCUCGGAUAGACGACCUUUAAAGAAACCCGCCAAGAUAGGCGCAAAGUUGCUGAGUCCCACGAGGAACGCUAACGGCACUAUAAGGAUUCUUGGGAGUAGACCCGUUCUUCAGGAUGUGGUAAAUGAUAUCGUUGGUUAAACCUGAUUAUUAUUGUUAUUAUUAUUAAUUUAUAUGAUUAUCAUGGCCCUUUCCAUUUCAUGUUUUUUCUUUUCACUGUCCUUGUUCAUUAUAUUGGUUUGUGGGCGUCUGUCUGUUUGGUAUGGCUUCGUAUCGUCUGGGAACUUAGAAGGGUAGGAUUUUUGAAUGUUGGAGUAGUACUGUUAUAGGUGGUACAACGUUGGUGGCAUAUAAUAUUGUUGGUUUGUUGCUGCUGUCUGCGGCUCUGGCAGAAGGUCAACGAAUUUGUAUACACAUCGAUGAAACAACAAUUACCACUUGCAAUGACAUUAGGGUAUGAUUGGAACAGAGACGCUUAUGGUAAUUAUUUCAGAACUGUUAUUCUCAUUCUACAGUAGGAGCUCAUCUUGGCUUGAUCCUCAUGGCUAUGGGAAUUAAUAGACCCCGGCACCACGUUGAGGUGCG